GCGUGAGGAGAAGGGAGAUGAACAAGUAGCAGUGCUUGGCGGCGUCCGCCACGUAACACUGACAGAUUCCCUGGUAGUAUACGGGAAGAGAGAGCGAGGAGAGAUGUACUUUCAGUCCGGGGAAGAUGGCAGUCUUGCCUUCUCCUGUGAUAUGGCUCUGGUGUAUAUCACCUCUGCUGUCACUGCUGUAAUAAACACAUAUUUAUUGAAAACUAUUUUAGGAACAUAUGCACUAGAAGAAAUUGUUCUGGAAAACUCAGCAUACUGGAGUAGUGAUGGAGAGGGAAAAGAAAAUGCAGGUAGCCUGCUGGUAACAAAUACUGCAAAGAAAACUUGUGCCGAGUCGGAUUUCACUUGUGACAACGGCCACUGCAUCCCAGCCAGGUGGAAAUGUGAUGGUGAAGAAGAAUGUCCUGAUGGGUCAGAUGAAUCAGAAGCAGCAUGCACCAAGCAAGUAUGUCCAGCUGAAAAAAUUAGCUGUGGAGACUUAAGCAACAAAUGUAUCCCGUCGUCCUGGAGAUGUGAUGGGCAGAAGGACUGUGAAAGUGGUAUUGAUGAGGCUGGUUGCACUCCUGCCUGUUCUCCCAAUGAAUUCCAGUGCAGUAACAAGUCGUGCAUCUCCAUCAUCUUUGUGUGUGACGGUGACAAUGACUGCGGGGAUGGCAGCGAUGAAAGGAAAUGCUCCCCUCUGACCUGCAACCCCAAUGAGUUCCAGUGCAACAACAGUGUGUGCAUCCCGGAGCUGUGGGUCUGCGACAACCAGCCAGACUGUGAGGAUCAGUCAGACGAGUCCGUAGAGAAGUGCGGCUACGAUGCCAAGGCCCUCAACACCUGCGCAGCUCAUGAGUUCCAGUGCGGCAACGGUGAAUGCAUCCACCUGAACUGGAAGUGCGACGGGGAUGAAGACUGCAAGGACAAGUCUGAUGAGCAGGAUUGCCCUCUGGUGACCUGCCAGCCAGAUGAAUUCCAGUGUGGUGAUGGGACCUGUAUCCACGGAGCAAAGCAGUGUGACAAGGUGCACGACUGUCCUGACAACAGCGACGAGGCGGGCUGUGUCCAAGAGUCAGCAUGUGAAAGUCCCAGCAAGUUUCAGUGUAAGAGUGGAGAGUGCAUUGACGGAGGCAAAGUGUGCGAUUCACAUAGAGACUGCAGGGACUGGUCUGACGAGCCUCUGAAAGAAUGUGGUAUUAAUGAAUGCUCUAUGAACAACGGUGGUUGCUCACACAUAUGCAAAGACUUGAAGAUUGGUUAUGAAUGUGAAUGCCCGCCCGGCUACAAGCUUCUGGAUAAAAAAACGUGUGGAGACAUAGAUGAAUGUGAGAAUCCAGACGCUUGUAGCCAGAUCUGCAUUAAUUACAAGGGGGACUACAAAUGCGAGUGCUACGAGGGAUAUGAGAUGGACACCCUGUCCAAGAACUGCAAAGCUGUAGGCAAGAGUCCUUACCUGAUCUUCAGCAAUCGCCAUGAGGUCCGUAAGAUAGACCUGGUGAAAAGGGACUACUCCCGCAUCAUUCCCAUGCUGAAGAAUGUGGUGGCACUGGACGUGGAGGUGGCAACAAACAGAAUAUAUUGGUGUGAUUUGUUCUAUCGAAAAAUCUACAGUGCCUACAUAGACAAAGCGAGUGACACAGCGGAGCAGGUGAUUUUGAUAGACAGCCAGCUGAACUCUCCCGAAGGACUGGCAAUAGACUGGGUUCAUAAAAACAUCUACUGGACAGACUCCGGAAACAAGACCAUCUCAGUGGCCACUGCAGAUGGAAGCAGGAGGAGGACACUUUUCAACAGCGACCUCAGUGAGCCAAGAGCCAUUGCUGUUGAUCCCACACGGAGGUUCAUGUACUGGUCUGACUGGGGAGACAAAGCUAAGAUCGAGAAAGCUGGCCUGAAUGGUGUGGGGCGGCAAGUGCUGGUGACUGACAGCAUUGAGUGGCCAAAUGGCAUCACGCUUGAUUUGCUGAAUCAGCGUCUCUAUUGGGUGGACUCCAAAUUGCAUUCACUGUCCUGCAUUGAUUUCAAUGGCAGCAACAGAAAAGUUCUGAUCUCUUCUGUUGAUGAUCUGAGCCAUCCUUUCGGCUUAGCAGUGUUUGAGGACAGAGUGUUCUGGACUGACCUGGAGAAUGAAGCAAUCUUCAGCGCAAACAGGCUGAAUGGCUUGGACAUCUCCGUUUUGGCAGAAAAUCUCAAUAAUCCUCAUGACAUCGUGGUGUUUCAUGAAUUAAAGCAGCCCAAAGCUCCAGAUUCCUGUGAGCUCAGUGCCCAACCCAACGGAGGCUGCGAGUAUCUGUGUCUUCCUGCACCUCAGAUCUCUCCCCAUUCUCCCAAGUACACGUGUGCCUGUCCUGACAACAUGUGGCUGGCUCCUGACAUGAAAAAAUGCUACAAAGAUCUUCCAGCUACUUCAGCUAGCAUACUGGUUUCUACAGCCGCAGCAUCCCGUACUGCUGAUACUGCGACCACUGCAACUGGAAUUGGCAGCACCAACACCACCACUGAAGUCGCCCCCAAAGCUGUAUCAGAAGCUACGAUUACCAUCCCAAGUUUUCAGUUACCUUCCACCAUAUCCAUCCUGAUAGAUUCUGAGAUGACCACUGGAAACAGUAAUUUAUCACAGCACUAUGCAAAUAAUGACCAAGGCUUUGAUUCAACGGUGACAGCAGCUGUCAUUGGAAUUGUCAUUCCUGUUGUGGUCAUCGGCUUGCUGUGCAUGGGGGGAUACCUCAUCUGGAGAAACUGGAAACGGAAGAAUACGAAAAGCAUGAAUUUUGACAAUCCUGUAUAUAGGAAGACAACAGAAGAGGAAGACGAAGAUGAAAUCCACAUUGGGCGGACUGCCCAAAUCGGACAUGUCUACCCAGCACGUGUAGCAUUAAGCUUAGAAGACGAUGGGUUGCCAUGAGGAUGAAGUUGCUGCUCCAAACAACACACUGAACAAAUUUGCUUUGGAUCACAGAACCUGCUUCUUCUUCUUAAUCGUUAUUUAUGUUGCAGAAGGGUAACCACAAAGUUAUAAUGAACUGCAAACAUCCAAAGGAUGUGAGAGUUUUGUAUGUAUAAUCUUUUAUACACAUUUUAACUUGUUGCACUACCCAUUUGUGAUAGUGAAUAAGCGACAGCUGAGCUACUAACUCAAUGUACAUAACCAGCCAGGCUGAAGGUUCGGUAGCUAUUGCUUUAUUUUAAGACUAUAUUUAUAGAUAUUUUGUAAAUAUGUUGAAUAUGCUUUGUGGCUAUCCAUCAACAUAAGUAAAAAAAAUUAUGUACAGGCAGUUUAGAAAUAUUUAUUAACAAAAUCUGGAUUAUAAGAUCUGUUCUGUAAAUAUAGUAGAGGGGUGAGAGUAUUUAUUUUUUGUAUGUUUGGCUUGCUGUGCAUAGAUUACCUGUGUAUGUAUCUAUCUAGACUAGAUAGAUAUAUAUGCAUAUAAAUAUA